AUGGUUCUGAUGUGUUCUCGUUUCAGAGCACUGGCCGAAUUAACGCGUAAGCUCAUGGAACUCCAAGAAAGAAGCGGUGCCUCGCAAACUCCAGUCCCUCGUCCGGCCUCUUCGCAAGAAAUAAGUUCAUCCCAUGCUCAUAGUGAAGGGAGUGGACAACCAGAACGAAGAUCUCACCAUUUUCGCUCACCUCAUUUGCCAACUUCCUCACGCAAACAGCAUGCCCCGCCACAGGAAAUGAGAACCGACCUUGCUUUUCGAGAGCUUCCUUAUCAUAGGCGGUCUGGCGCAGCCAGUCCGUCUCAGUACUCAGUUGCGUCUUCUGAUGCCACAGUUGCACGGUCAGGCGCAGCCAGUCCGUCUCAGUACUCAGUUGCGUCUUCUGAUGCCACAGUUGCGUUCUUGGCACCACCUGCUCAUCGCCUUUCGGCGACAGAACAAGCAGUGCAGCAGCAGCAGCAACAACUACUAGAGUCUCAGCAGUCUUACAUUGCGGAAAAUUUCGAAGGACAGCCAGAAUUGUAUGCGGUGUGUGACGACCGUGGUACCAUUGCCAGCUCCUGUGUAGUCGAGGGGGAAGUAGGAACAGCUCAGGAAUCGAGUGCUGCAAUGCACAUCCCGACAACAACGGGGUUUCAAGAGUUCAGAGUACCCGAACUUCCCGCACAACAGAUGCUCACAGCCGAAGGUCGUGCAGCAGACUGGCCUUCGCACCACACGGAGGAGUCAAGGUCGUCACGAGGGCACAGAAGUUCGCGUAGUAGCCGACUGCGAUCUGCCUCGCAGGAUAGCUCCUUAUCAGGGCAUCCUUAUACUUCGCGGUAUCGCUAUCAGGAUUAUCCAUACGACAAAUCAAGGGCAGUGAGGUUGCACCACAGAGAUUUUCCAACAGCAGCGGAAGCUUCUCUGCUUCAGCACAAUCCCUAUUUGGAGGCACCGGGCCCCUCCGCUAGCGGCAUUGUCCAUACCGAAAGUUCUGAUUUUCGCAUACCGACAGUGUACUAUCCGGAGCAUGCGACUUCGAUGCUUGAAAGUGCCCCUCAUAGUCUUUCUUCGCAGGAACCGGUCGCAGCACAGCUGAUUGCUCAGUAUCCAGCUGCGCAACACGGGUUCAUUGCUCCGGAGGAGUCUUCUGCUCCACAACUGCAGGCUGAAGGAGGCUACCUAAAGGUUAGAUUUUACGCUAUUGUAAAACUCAGUUUGCUUUGACA